AUGACUUGGGAUCGAUAUGAACUCGGCCGAAGGAACAUUUUCUACGAUGAGAAGAAACCCCUGAUCCCGGUCAAUGUGUUCCCUCCGCACGUAGAGCGCGUACGGAGAUUAAUCACAGACCUUUCUUGUGUAGUCAAUGGAGAAGACUUGAUCAAUAAGAAUGAGCUUAUUUCCGAUGAUAAGCUGAACCCUUUACUAUAUGGCCCGGAUCCAGAUCCUGCCCUAGCUGAGGCGCAGAAGACCUUGAUCAAGGCACACAGUCUCGUUAACGGUGGCUACAAAGAGGACGAGUGGCAGGCUUUCUACGCAAAGCACUUUUUUGAGAGACUAGCCGAUUCUCUUUCAUUAUCUAAAGAUGAUACUAGACGAGAGACCAAUAGGCGCUGGGACCUCUUUAAAAAAGAUGAGGAGGCCGGAAUAGCGCCAUUCAAGAUCCUCAGUAGCCCUAAACCAGACCACGCUUUCUUCCUUCCCAUUUAUCACAACCGUCAUCCGGCCGGGAUUCCUACUGUGGUAGACCCCAAUGCUAGACAGUGGAAUAGGGCUCAAGAGACAUCUGCUAUGGAACCGUUUACGUGGUCAACACUUAAGAGAUUACAUGGAUUUGGCCUCGAACCAGCACCUUCCCAUGUUUUUAAAAAGCCACCACUGGAAGCCAACCUCAAAUGUUACCCUUGGCUUGUAGUCGAAUAUAAAAAAGAGACGCAGGACAACGGGCCCGUGAGAGACGUGUGUUGCCAGGCCGCUAAUGCUGCAGCAUGCGCGAUUAGUUUGAUCAGGCACACAGCUCAGUUUGCUGUGAAACUACCCAAGCAUGCGCAUAUCCCCCCCAUACCCGUCAUCACCACUAUCGGACCUAGCGUCAAAGUGUGGAUUAUGUAUUAUGCCACAGAUUUCGACGCUCCGUGCUGCCACCGAGAGACGACAGAGGAAAUAGUGAAGAGACGCAAAGAGGGAUAUCUGACUUUGUUUGAGAUCAUGCGCGUUAUUUGGAGCGGCGAGAUGACCAAGCUUGCUGAUGUUGCUAUGUUUCAAAUGAUCCUUGAUAACGCGCAUACCUGGGCCACACGAACUUUCAAGCCUUUAAUGGCUUCGUACAUCGAACAAUGGCAAUAUGUUUUCGACGAAUCAACUGUCAGCGAAAGUUCAGGCCAUAAUUCGGCGUUUUUUCUGUCAAAGAAACGCCGCGAGAAGACAAUUGAGCAGCGACGAGCUAUUGUCCCGCUAGUCCAAGGCCUGCUAGAUGACCAAGCUACCAUGGAGCUUGAUGGCAUGGCCAAUAAGAAGGUGACCCCUUUACUUCUAGGCCUAAUGAUGCACCAAAUCUGCUCAUUAGAGAAGGAAUCGAUAGCCAGUGAAGUUGAUAGAGUCGUAUCUCAGAAAUUAAAGGGGUUGUCCAUGGAGGGACUGGCACCCGGGAAGCAGUAUAGUUCCCGAGGAGGAGAGAACUCCCGAUCCCAAGCGCACUCUGACUGCGGUUCUGAUCAUCAAGAGUCCAUUUUCGGGUCACGCAAAACCAGCCAAUACUGGCCCCUUGACAUCGAUGACCCGAACGACUCCGACUACAGGCCGUCACAAGAUUCUUCAGCUUCAGUCCAAACGACAUCCUCUGUGGCUCUUGCGGCUCCUCAAUCAAAUGCUACAGAUGCCUUACCUUCGACGUAUGAGUUUUCUUUCAAUAGCUCGGCGCGGGUUAUCUCAAAGGGUGCGCAAGUCCAGCCAUUGGGACCGAACGCGGAUCGUCCAUUCUAUAGCCCCGGCAGAGAUGGACGAGAAACUCCAUCUACUCCUGGGGGCCAAGUUACGCCAAAGCCGAGUCCCUCAACACUGUUCUCCAAACUUUUGUCUACGCUUCCAACUUCUUCAGAUGGGGAAGUAUCACGAGAGAUCUCCAAGGAAACAACACCAUCUAGAUUACCAGUCGUCACUGGUCCAUUAUCACUUGAAACGCAGGGACGAUCUUCUGGACGGCAACUUGGCAUAGUACCAUAUUCUCUACAUCCUCUUAUGACUCUUGAAAAUUAUAGUGAGAAGAGUAAAGUUCAGGGCGCAGGUCAAGAUGAGAAUGACUAUAUUGAUUUGACAAGAGACAGCCAGGAAGAUGCUUCGUAG